AUGAGGCUGGUGUCCCUGGUGCUGUUCCUCACCUUCACUCUGCUGGUUUUCAGUGCUGGCAACAUCCUCCCAGGAGCAGCAGGCGGGGAGCAGAAGGUGUGGGAGGAGGGGAGUUCAGCUGUGCUGCCUUGCUACCUGAGCCCCAGGAAGCAGGGGAAGAGCUGGAAACAGCUGUCUGACUGGACAUCUGUGCUGUGGAAGCGCCAUGGGGGAAGCGCCCACCAGGAGCCACAUGUGGUGCUGGAGGUGGAGUACACUGGCCUCAGGAAGACGGCUCUGCCCAUGAGGCCCCGGGUGUCGGUCCAGGACUCUGCCUUACGCAGCGGCAACUUCUCCCUGCGAAUCGACCCCGUCAGGAGUGGAGACGCUGGCCUGUACGAGGCGCAGGUGACGUACAACACGGAGGUCCAGAGCUGCCAGGUGGAGCUGGGGAUCGUUACAGUAACCCUCAGUCCACCCAGCCCUGUGGUAGAAAGUGAUCCUCUCCUGAUGAGCUGCAACUCUAGCCACCGGGCCGGCUUGGUGGAGACACGCUGGUUCCACAACGGGCGCCCGGUCCCCACCUCCAAGACUUUCUACUCCUUGCAUGGGGCUCUCUCCAUCCUCCGGCCCUCCAUGAGUGACUCAGGCUCCUGGCACUGCCAGCUCAGAUACUCCGAUAAUGUGAUCGUUUCUGCCACGCACGACCUGCAAAUUUUAGGUUUCGAUGGCCCAGCCAACCCUGUGGUUUAUGCUGCAGCUGGCUCUGCAGCCGAUCUGCCAUGCACCCUGAGCUAUCUGCCCAGUGCUUUUGGGAUCAGAGUGGUGGCAGCUCACUGGAGCCACCUUGCAGGAGGACACUUAAAAGAUUGGGUCGUCUCCCAGAACCAGAGCAGCAGAAGCUUCCCCCUUCAUCUCCCUGCAGUGGGGCCAGGCGAUGCAGGGCGGUACAGUUGUGCAGUCCCUGUUGGCAGCAAGACAAUGAGGAGGGAUGUGACCUUGGCAGUGGUUAAAGUCACCCCAAGUAUCCCAGGACCAGUUUCUGAGGGGUCUCACUUGCUGCUCAUCUGCAGCGUCACACACCUCCAGGGACACGAACGUUUCCAGUGGAAGCACCUCAGCUCAGCCCCUACUAACAAGAAGCUGGCUAUGUCCACCUCCCACAACCUGAAGGACCACAGAUCCCAAACUGGUGCUACCUUGGACAUACCCCAGGUGUCACAAAAAGAUGUGGGCAUCUGGGAAUGCAGUGUAUAUGGCCCAGAAGGCAGACUGGGAGCAGUGGAAUAUGGGCUGCAGAUCACAGGUGCCCAGGUCUCCAGCCCUCCCACCAUCUUCAGUGGGCAAGUUACUUUUGGGCUCACAGUCACCCUCUUCUUCCUGCUUAUGGUCUGUAUUCUGGUUCUGGCCCUACAAAAAAGGGCACGCCUUCCAGCUUCCUACCCAGCACUGGAAGGGAUAGUUGCAGUCGCUGUGCCAAAUAAGAAGGAUGUGGAGGAGAGCCAGAAAGAGACAAUCCAGCAAACUGAGUGCUGA